AUGUCGUCCACCGAGAAAGACAGGUCGCUCAUCAUCGGGUUCGUCGUGCUCGUCGUGGUGGUGAUUGUCGGGUUCGCGAUCAUGGCCAAGACCGACGUCAAGGGCAGGCCGGAUGCUGGCAAGACAUCGGCGCUGGACCCCAAGAAGAUGACGGAGGAGGCCGCGGCGAAGGGUUACGAGGUCCAUUUCCUCGGUGCCGCUGAGCUCAGCAAGGUCGAGCAUCACAAUGAUUGCGUCGUCAUGUACUACGCGGACUGGUGUGGCUACUGCAGGCAGGCCCUGCCGGCGUUCCUCGAGGCGUCGCGCAUUACGGGCGACGCGCUCAUGUAUGCCGUCGAGUCGCGCAACAUACCCAAGGGACAUCCCGUGGGCAGUUUCCCCACUGUAAUUCGGUAUCACACCGACGGAAGGACCCGCGAGGUCCACAAGGGGCCGCGCACGCCCGCCGGCUACGCUAGCUUCGCGACCACACACUAA